AUGGAGGAUUUCUCUUAUCAAAUAACUAUUAAUGAUGAGAGGAAUUCUCCUCAAGUUAGAAUAUCUUCAGCAAAUGAUUCUCUGCAAAAGAAAAAGCUCUCCGCAGAGUUUAUUUUUAAAUGGAUAACAUCAAUGAUUGCAACAGAUGAAAAAUUUCAGAGGAAUAAAGAAGCAUGGGAGUUAUUAAAGAAUUUAUUAGGAGAACUCGAAAAUGAUGAACAAAAAAUUUAUUUCGAUUUUAAACCAAAUACAGUAAUAUUAAACGCUAUCACAUCUGAUGCCCGUGAUACAAUAUUCGAAAUUCUUCAGAUUUUCACAUUUACUUACCGCAAAAAAUGGAAUCCAAAAUUUGAUGAUAUUAUCAUCACAAUAACACUGUUAUUACAAAAUGCAGAUGAUUAUUCAGUAGAAAUAGAUCUGUUUUUUAAGUUAUUAUCAUCAUAUGAUGAAAUUGAAAAUGUAUCUGAGAUUACAUUCGCAAGUAUGAUUAAUAUCUUUGACUUACUGAUGGAAAAGUUUGAAUACAUUGCUGUUAAAUCAGGAUAUGAUACUCUUGCGCAUGCAUUAUGCUGCAAAUUCCUUUUAAGUAAUUUAGAACCACCAAAUUAUCAUCCUUUAACGAUAAAAUUCAUGCACAUACUAUCUCGAGAAGAUUCCAACUCUAAAUUACGUUCAAAUGUAAUCAUUUUUCUCAAUUUCUUCAUGAUCAAUUUCAAAAACAAAGUGUAUGAGUUAAAAAUGAAGAAUUUCAUUCAGAUUCCGAUCAAUGCAUACAAUAUAACACAUUCUCUUGAUCUAGUUAACAUUUUACUCUCAGGAUGUACCCAAUACAAAUUAUUCGAGUUUCAAGCGCUCAAUGAAGAAGAUUUAGAAGAUCUUAAACAGAUAAGAGAUGAAGCUGUUAAAGUUAAAAACGUUUGUUUGUUAACUACUUUAGCAGAAAUCGAUUCUUCAUUAUCAAAUAUCAAAAAGUCUCCAAACAAGCCAAAAGAACUUGACUUUUGUACUGGAGAAACAGUUGAUUUAUGUAAAGAGUCAAAAUCCAAAGAAGAAAAAUUAUAUAUUCAAAAUUCUUCUGGAAGUGGCCAUUCUAAUGAUAAAUUGUCUUACAGUUAUGAUUCAAACGGAGAAAUUAAUAUUCUUGAAUUCAAAAAAGAAAAUGAAAAUGAGAUUCAAAGAAUUAAAAAUGAAUCUUCAGGUUCUGAUGCAUCAAACUCAAAGAUUAAUAAUUUGAGUAGUCCUAAAGGCAAUUCUGAUUCAAACAAUUUAAAUCCAAAAUCUGAAUUCAAAUUCAACGCAAAUUAUCUCUUGAACCUUGAUGAAUUCCAGCGCCAUUUCCUUGCAUUUGGAAAAGACUAUGAAAGAUGCGAUUCUGAGACGAGAAUUGAAUAUCUCGAAGGAAAAUAUGUUGAACUUGCAAAAGAAAUCAAUGAAGGUAACUUAGAACUUGAUAGAAUGAGAAAAGAGAAUAGAGAGAAAAGGCAUCUUUAUUUGGAGCAUAAAUUAAAAGUUGAAAGAAGAAAAGACCGACUGAAAAGGAAGCAGUCCAUCUAUCAUGAAACUUCUGAGAAAUUUACUGAAUACAAGAAAGUUUCAAGUGAAGUUUCGAAACUCAGAGCAAAAUUAAAUCUUUUGACAUCAAGUUACGAGAAAAGCAUGAAAGAUAAUACUGAUUUGGUCCUCCAAGAACAGUAUAGGCAAUAUCAGGACACGUUAAGUGAAUUACAGUUCAGAAAAAGAUGUGCUUUAGCAGUUCUCGAAAAGCCACUCAAUUUUAGCAUUGUUGAGGAGAUUUUAUCAACUCAAUUAGAAGAUGAAGUGGAGAGCACGUCAACAAUCUCUAAUUCAAUGAUAGAAGAAAAAGAUUAUUAUUUAGAGUUUCAAAAGAUUGAAGAACUAGUACAAGAUAAUGAUAUUCGAAGAGCUUCUCUCGAAAAAAGAUGGGAAUUGCUGAAACAAGAGCGUGCAAAGUACAAAUCAAUCAAAUUUAAGAAGCAAAAUCCUCCAAAGAUCAAUUCAUCUGUAACCAUUAAUUACACAGCUAAUUUGUCUUCUUGUGAUGAUGAAAUACAGGAGAUAAUCAAAUUAUUGAAUUCCAAACGCGAAAAACUCAAUAAUUUCAAGCAGAGGACAAAAGAUAUGGAGGCAAAAUACAUGGAAGUAAGAACUGAAAUAGAAGAAAAGUAUAAUAAAAAGAACAAGCAAAUCCAAAAAAUGAAAAAGAGAUUUGAUGCAAUAGGAAUUAUAAAUGAUGUUAUUCGUGAUAUAAUUCCUAAGAAUCAAGUGUUUAAAUCACAUCUUCUUGAGCUCCAAAAUGAAAGAGCUCGAAUUGAAAGAAGAAUUGAAAAUAUAUUGCGUGAUAAGGAAAUGCAUUCUAAGCGAGAAGAACAACUGAAGUUGUUGAGAGAUAAAUACAACGAAAAGAACUCUCAAUAUGAAGAGAAGCAAAAAUCAAUUAAAAUUCGAUAUGAAAAACUCAAUUCUACACUGCAAGUCUAUGAGAAGGAAGACUUGAAACUUGAUGAUUAUGAAGAGAGAGUCAGACAACUUGAAGAUGAAGUUAAAUCUCUGGAAAACAGCAAUCAAAACGCAAUUAGAAAAGUUAAGAUAUUCAAGUCCGACACAGACUUCGUUAAAGCAAGCUAUGCUGCUCUUCAUAGAAAUGACAGUGUUCCAACAAUUGAGUUGGGACUUGAAAAGACAUUUGAAGAUAAAUAA